AAUUUAUCAGUCCUACAGUAUUACUAGACCGGCGCGCGCGCAUCCUUGCGCAAACGCACGCGAACGUGCGGAAAAACUGGUCGUUAAAAUAAAAAAAGUGUUUUGAAAAAAGGUUGAUCCUUAAAAAGUAUUUAUUUACGAAAUUAAUGUAGUGGAGUUUUAAAUAGUUUUUAAAAAUGUGCAGUGCGAAGACAUUGUUAUAUUUGACGCCUCUUUUUUUAAUCGGUUCGCUAGAGUUAACACAAGCGGCCAGUAUUAUAUGUUACAAUGGGUCCCUAACAAAUUACAAAGAAACGCCAUUGGAAGAGCCUCUCGCCAUCCUCCCAGGCCUGGCAAAAGACCUUAAGACCGUGUUCUAUACCUUUGGUUAUCGAGGCAAGGUUAAAGGACCGGCGACAACUGCCAUGAUACAGGCCUAUGUAGCUAAGAACAAGUCUAAUAUAUGCCUCCUGAACUGGGAAGGUGAAGCGGAGAGCACGCUACUUGGUACCAGGAUUGGAUAUCUGUAUGCUGUUAAUAAUGCUGUUAAGAUUGGCAAUCAACUGGGAGACGCGCUGGUGACGUUGAUCAAAGCUGGUUUGAACGUGGUAGACUUGCAAUUGAUAGCACAUUCUCUUGGAGCCCACCUUAUGGGGUAUGCUGGAAGACGGGCCAGGAAACUUGGCUAUAUUAUACCAAGAGUCACCGGUUUAGACCCUGCUGGCGUGUUCUUCGAAGGGUUCACAAUCUACCAAGCCCUGGACCGCAGGAGUGGGUUGUUCGUAGACGUUAUACAUACAGACGCAGGAGGCUAUGGUAUGCGCAAAUCUGACGUCACGGUGGAAUUCUGGCCGAAUACAGAUGAAAAGGAAUCCCAGCCCGGUUGCCCUGUGGGAGACUUCGAAAUGUUCACUAAAGAAUCUUUGUGUAGCCACGACCGAGCUUGGCAAUACUAUUCGGAGUCACUCGCGUACCCUACGGCUCUGCAAGCAGUUUACGCGAAUAGCUUCGAAGAAUGGAACACUAAUGGAGGCAACACCAACCAGACUAUUUAUAUGGGGGAUCUUACCAAUACACAAGCCAAAGGCAGCUACUACUUAAGAACAAGCAACUCAUCACGGUUUGGUUUAUAUGAAGCAGGUAUCAAAUCUUCCUGAAACACGACUCUACCAGUAUAUAGUAUACAGUAACGUAGCUA